AUUUUUCAAGGCUUAUCACACGCAUGAAAUAAUGAGCUCUGCCGAUGAACGUGGAAUACCGUGUCCAAAACCAGCAUACAGCCCCGGUUGUUUGACUGGGAAUUGGUUGGAGGAACGAGCAGACUGGCGAAUAGCCUUACAACCCAAACCGCUGCCAUCAUCAGUCGAUUAUCGUUUUCAGUCCGAAUACAUGGUUCGAUUUGGUUCUGGAGACCGAACAGGAGCGAACUCAGAUGCAGUAGUUCCAAUACUCUCACUUUCAGCGCAUGCCGGAACAUCCAUAACCGCUUUCCCUGGUCACCAACCACAGUUGUGUGUCCCAGAUAAACGCACGUCGAAGGCGUCAGAAUUGUUUGACCGGAGGGAUUGAUGAAGAAAACGUAAUAACCUGUGUGUGAGUGCAGAACGUGUAUCUGUUCCGACGUUAGACCCAUACAACAGGUAAACACGAUUGAAUCCUUCCAGAAAAUUACACCCCCAUCAAGUAGCUUAUCUUUCUGUGUCUUCGCACUUUCAAGACCAUCA